ACUCGCUUUAGGGUUUUUCCUCUUCAUCUUCUUGUUCACUCGCAAGCUCCUGUAAGUCCCCUCCUUAAACCAUUCUAAUCCCCCUCGAGAAAAGAAAAGAAGAGUAAAAAUGGAAGCAGCUGCAGUUGUAGUAGAAAGCCAAAAUCAGCAAGAAAAGGCUCACACUGAUGUUAUGCUAUUCAAUCGUUGGUCCUACGACGACGUUCAGAUUAGUGAUAUUUCUGUUGAGGAUUACAUUACUGCCACUGCUGCCAAGCAUCCUACUUAUACACCGCACACGGCUGGGAGGUACCAAGCCAAGCGGUUCAGAAAGGCUCAAUGCCCAAUUGUAGAGAGGUUGACCAACUCACUGAUGAUGCACGGAAGGAACAACGGGAAGAAGCUGAUGGCUGUUCGUAUUGUCAAGCAUGCUAUGGAAAUUAUCCAUCUGUUGACCGACCUUAACCCAAUCCAAGUGAUUGUUGAUGCUGUUAUCAACAGUGGACCAAGAGAAGAUGCAACUCGUAUUGGUUCUGCCGGAGUUGUGAGGCGUCAGGCUGUUGAUAUUUCUCCACUCCGUCGUGUUAACCAGGCAAUAUAUCUCCUCACAACUGGUGCACGCGAGAGUGCUUUCAGAAACAUCAAGACCAUUGCAGAAUGCCUUGCAGAUGAACUCAUCAAUGCUGCCAAGGGAUCUUCCAACAGCUACGCUAUCAAGAAGAAGGAUGAGAUUGAGAGGGUUGCCAAGGCCAAUCGUUAAGGGUUCUUUCCGUGCAGUAUGGAUAAUUCCUGUUGGUUGGAUAGUUUCAUUUUGAGGCGUCUUUUGUUCUGUACUUUUUGUUGUUAUUAUUAGGAAGGCAAUUUGGAACUAAUGGAUGAGUUUUCCUUUUGUGAAAAACUUGAAUAACAUUGGUAUAUGGCAGAAGUAGUGAUGUGAAGUUGGAUUUUUGCAAUAGCAGCUAUGCCUAGUCGAAA